AUGAGCAAAAAGAAAAAGGACUGGAAGAAUGAGAAAGAGAGACUGCUUCGUCUAGAUCGGGAGGAAAGACGCAAGGAGUAUCGACGCCAGGACUUCGUCUCUUUGGACAAGAUCCCGACCUGGAGGGAGGAAAACAGCAUCAAUGACAACGAGGAGGAGGAGGAGACGCAGGUGACCAGUGGAGGAGGGCUGUCUGAUAAAGUGUCCCUCUACAAAGGAGACAUCACGCUGCUAGAGGUGGACGCCAUUGUCAAUGCUGGGAGGUAG